UAUACGUAAAAUACAGAAAAAAAAGGAAAAAAAAGUUGAAAUGGGGAAAUGCCCUGCUUUGAUGAUAUACCUCUCUUCUUUUAUUCUUUUUGUCCUUCAAACACUCCAUGGUGUUAACUCCGUAGAGUGUUUCGGAAGCUCAUACAACCGUAACAGCAGCUACCCUAAGAACCGCGAGAAACUCUUCUCUGAUCUUGCUGAUAAAGUCGUUGCUAACCGCGGAUUCUACAACGCUUCAUUCGGCCAAUACCCCGACAGAGUUUAUGCUCUUGCCAUGUGCGCAAGAGGCUACGACGAAGAAGCUUGUUUCAGUUGCGUCCAAUCAUUGGCUCUGGAUAAACAAAAUAAAUGCCAAAGCCGCAAGGACUCCUUCAUAUGGGGAGGCAAUGACGACGUUUCUUGUCUUGUUCGUUCCUCAAACAACUCAACUUUUAGGAGCCUCCAGCUUGGACCUUCUGUUAUAUGGCCAAAUCAAGAUCUUAUCGAGUCAUCUAAAAACAUGACCCUUUUCCAACAACAGUGGGAAGAAAUGGUUAAUCGGACCCUCGAGGCUACCACUAAAGCUGUAACUUCCUCGGUACUCAAGUACUACAGUGCCGAAAAAGCCGGGUUCACCGAGUUUCCAGAUGUUUACAUGCUGAUGCAAUGCACACCCGACAUAACUUCUCAAGACUGCAGAAAAUGUUUGGGAGAUUGCGUGAUGAAUUAUAGAAAAGAUUAUCUGGAAAGAAAAGGGGGAAUGGCUAGUCUUCCUAGCUGUUAUUUCAGGUGGGAUCUAUAUACUUACCACAGUGCUUUUGAUAAUGUAACAAGAAUUCCUGCGCCUCCUCGGCCUCCAACGCAUGCAAAGGAGAGCUGCAUAACAAAUAAAAAAGGAAGAAGUACAAUUGCAAUAUUUGUGGUUCUUACUUUCAUUAAUCUUUUGGUGUUUAUUGGCUUCAUUAAAGUCUUUGCAAGGAGGGGAAAAUAUAAAAGUGUUGGUGGUGCAGAGUACUCUGAUUCUGAUGGUCAAUUCAUGUUACGGUUUGAUCUUGGUAUGAUCUUAAUGGCAACCAAUGACUUCUCUUCUGAAAAUACUAUUGGAAAAGGUGGAUUUGGUACUGUCUAUAAGGGGACAUUCCCAAACGGGCAAGAGGUAGCCGUGAAGAGAUUAACAAAAGGUUCAGGACAAGGAGAUAUGGAGUUUAAGAAUGAGGUCUCACUCUUGACAAGACUCCAACAUAAGAAUCUGGUUAAGCUUCUUGGGUUCUGUAACGAAGGAGAUGAAGUGAUUCUUGUCUACGAGUUUGUCCCCAACUCAAGUCUUGAUAACUUUAUCUUCGAUGAAGAGAAGCGUUCACUUCUUACAUGGGAGAUGAGGUUCAGAAUUAUAGAAGGCAUUGCUCGAGGUCUUCUUUAUCUACAUGAGGAUUCUCAGCUAAAGAUUAUUCACAGAGACUUGAAGGCGAGCAACAUACUUUUAGAUGCUGAGAUGAAUCCUAAAGUUGCAGAUUUUGGAACAGCGAGGUUGUUUGACACUGACGUGACUAGAGCUGAAACAAAACGAAUAGCUGGAACCCGUGGAUAUAUGGCUCCUGAGUACCUGAAUCACGGAGAAAUCUCAGCUAAAUCUGACGUUUAUAGCUUUGGUGUCAUGCUUCUAGAGAUGAUAAGUGGUGAAAGAAAUAAGACCUAUAAAGGAGAAGGACUUGCAGCUUUUGCAUGGAAGAGAUGGGUUGACGGCAAGGCUGAGGUUAUAAUUGAUCCUUUCUUGAUAGAGAAUCCAAGAAACGAGAUCAUCAAGUUGAUCCAGAUUGGUUUGUUGUGCGUUCAAGAGAAUGCAGCAAAGAGACCAACCAUGAGCUCGGUGAUCACUUGGCUUGGCAGUGAUACUAUCAUCAUUCCGUUACCUAAUGCUCCUGCUUUCACUGGAAGUCAGUCCCAAUCGGAAAGUGGUACAACGUCAAUGAGUGGUGAUGUCUUCACAGAGUUGAGUUGUCGUUGAGUUAAAAAUCAUUUGAUCAUCAAAAUACUGUUUUCGAAAGCAAACUUCACAAAAAAACUUUCUUUAAGGAACCUUUCAUUGUAUCUUGUGGUGUUUAAAUAUUUUUGUCCUUUUGGCAAAUAGUAAAUGAAUGUAUGGAU